AUCUGUCAAACUUUGCUAAAGAAAAAGGCGCAAAAGCUGUAAAGAAUUUUUACCAUUUUCUCUUGCAAUUUUUUUCUUAAUAUUUAUUCGCAUUUUGUUUGGAAAUUCUGUGAAAAAGUGUUCUAAAGAUGGAUUCUUCAGAUUGGCCAGAACUUUCUCGUGGAGCCAUUAGGCGACUCAUCGAUGGGGCCCAGGAACAGCCAGUGCUCCAGAUUUUGGGGGCUAAGCUAAUUCCCAACAGUGAGAAUGAGCGAUAUCGUUUGUUGAUUUCAGAUGGGCUGAAUUUGCACAGUUACGCUAUGCUGACUUCUCAGCUGAACUACAUGUUCAAGGAAGGAAGCCUCGCGGAUUUUUCCAUUUUCCGCCUGAAGCGUUUCAACACGUCCAACAUCCCCACAAAGCCUGAGAAUUCCAUUGGGAGGAGAGUAAUUGUUUUGCUGGACAUUGAAAUUCUCACUCCGGGUGGACAAGUGGGGGUUAAAAUUGGAAAUCCCGUGGCAUUGGAACAGAAACCCGAAGCUGCAAAUAUGAAUGGAGGCAGUGGAAGUGGCGCAGGUGCACCUAAACCUCCCACUGCUAAUCCUUAUUUGGGAAAAACGACGACGAAUAAUUUUCCAGCUUCAACGGCUCCUGGUACGCCGGGGAACCAGAGGAAUAAAGCCAACUUGAAUGAUUCUAUUUCCUUGGAGAAUUCAGUGAUCAACCCCAUUUGUAGUUUGACUCCGUACCAGAAUAAAUGGGUCAUCAAGGCAAGAGUCACCCACAAGGCUACAGUACGGACGUGGAAGAACGACAAGGGUGAGGGGAAGCUCUUUAGCUUUGAGCUGGUUGAUCAGAGUGGUGAGAUUCGCGCUACAGCGUUCAGGGAUCAGGUGGACAAGUUCUACGAUAUGCUGGAAGUGGACAAGGUCUACCUGGUGAGCAAGUGCAGCCUCAAGCCGACCGACAAGAGGUUCAACAACACAAAGAAUGAGUACGAGCUGACGCUGAACAAUGAAACAAUCAUCCAGGAGUGCUUCGACGAUAUGGAAGUUCCCACGACAAUGUUCAACUUUGUCCCAAUCUCCCAGAUCACCAACAUGGAGCCCAACAGCUUGAUUGACGUCGUUGGCGUGUGCACAUCGUCUGGGGAAGUUGUCAAGUUCACAUCACGUGCAAGUGGACGGGAUUUGCAGAAGCGCGAAGUGACGCUGGUGGACACAAGCAAGGCCAGCGUUAAUCUCACCCUCUGGGGAAACGAUGCUGAGAACUUUGAUUGCACCUACCAACCCGUUGUGGCCAUCAAGGGGGCACGUAUAACGGAAUUCGGUGGCGGGAAGUCCAUCUCCCUCAUUGGGAGCAGCAUUAUGAAGAUGAAUCCCGAUAUUCCGGAAGGGCACAAAAUUCGUGGAUGGUUCGACAAUGGAGGUGCCGAGGAUAUUGAUACGAACAUCUCAACACGCACUGGAACCGGCACGGGGAUGAAGACAGAUUGGGUAACAUUCCAUGAGGCAAAAAUGAAGAAUCUCGGCAUGGGAGACAAUGCUGAUUACUUCCAAACGAAGGGCAUUGUCCACCUUGUGCGUUCCAACAAUUGCGUCUACAAAUCCUGCCCGCAGGCGUCGUGCAACAAGAAGGUUGUUGAUCAAGAUGAUGGAACGUAUCGCUGUGAGAAGUGCGGCACAUCCUAUCCCAACUUCAAGUAUCGCUAUCUUCUCUCGAUGAGUAUCGGCGAUUGGACAUCAAAUCGCUGGGUGACGUGCUUCGAUGAAGUUGCUGAGCAGAUAAUAGGGAAGAGUGCCCAGGAGAUGGGAGAACUCCUCUCCACAACACCCGAUGAGGGAGAAGCUGCACUCCAUGACAUCCACUUCAGCACCUACAUCUUCAAGCUUCGCAUCAAAAUGGAACAUUUCGGGGACAAUAGUCGCAACAAGAUAAGUGUUGUAACUGCAACCCCGGUGAACUAUAACGAGUACAAUGAGUAUCUCAUCAAAAACUUGUCCAACCUCACUGGAAUUACCGCCAAUUGAGAAGCUUCUCUUCCUUUCUUCUUCAUUAAUUUUUAUUCACAUUUUCUUAUAUAUUUUUCUGAAUUCACAAUAAAGGAAUGAUGUAAAACAAAACAAAAAA